CCCUUGCACAUGGUCACUUAACCAAACUAAGCUUACCUCCAUUCAAUAACAACGCUAUUCCUUUCACUUUCAUCUGAUUCCAGUAUACAAUGGCUGUCACAACACGCAAGCGAGCUGCUCCAACGACAAAAACUACUCCAAGGAAGGCACCUGCAAAGCGCGUAACAAAAGAAAAACCUGUGGAGCCAGCGUCCGAGUCAGAGUCUGAAGAAGAAGGAAGCGAAGUGGAAAAUAAGACUAUGGAUCAAAAUGAACAACAAAUUGAUGAAAAAGAGCCAAAGAGCGGAGCCACCAAAGAUAACGAAAGCAGCGAUGAGGAGACAUUUAAAAUUCAUGUCCCAAAGACACCUGCACAACCUCGAAUCACACCAGCUACUCUCCCUUCCAUGACAUUUGAAGACGAUAGUGAAGAUGAAGAAAGUGACGCCGCACCCGAAGCGGAGACACUCUCCAGCGCCAAGGCAAAAGUACUGUCUGCCCAGGAUAAGGAGAGGUCGUUUUUGUCAAAAAUUCAGGCAGAGCAAAAGGCAAAGAAAGUUGAGCGUGAAGCAAAAUUGAAGGAGCAGAAGGAGCAGUCAAAAAAGAAGAAGGCGGAAUUGAAAAAGACAAAAGAAGUAACAAUAGUAGAUAAGGAGGAAAAAUAUAAAAAGGAAGAUAAAGACGGAGAAACAGAGGAUAAUGAGAAUGAAAAGGCAAAGGACCCUUCAACGAAGCCUACUCUUCCCACCAUGCUACCCAUGGACAUUUUGGAAUCAGUAGCCCAGAUGGAGGAUAUAAAUGCGGCUACACCAAGUACGAGUGUUAAUAAGAAACAUAUGCGGCCCGAAGACUUUGCGUUGAUGGAAUUGGAAGCUGAAUUGAAGGCUGAGGCGGCAAAGAGGAAGAAGGUGGAAAAAACACAAAGGAAUGUUGGUCCUGUGACAGUAAAGGUCUUAGAUCAAUCUAAAUUUGCCAAAGGUCAUGCCAUUCCUGAAACCAUUGUUGAUUUCAGAAAACAGCAUUUCUUUGGAUCAAAGAUCCAGCGUAAGGAUGCAGUCUUGAACAUGUCUCAAAGGAACAUCGGUGCUGCAGGGAAGUUUAACCGGCGCAAGUAGAUCGUUUCCAACACAGAACUUUACAUCAUUCCGCAACUCCACCAUUACAAUAUUUUAUACAAAUUCAUUGCAUUUAGAUAUAUACUAUAUAAAUUUUUUUGUCAUCAUUAACUCUUUAACUAUUAAUACAAUUGGCUUUCAUUUUUUCCAAUACCAAAUAAACUUUUUUU